AAGAAAUAGGGGCCGGGGGAGACCCCCCUCUGAAAGCGUCCUGCAGGGGAUCUCAGCAGGUUUAUGCAAAUGCACUCCUCAGGAGUAGGAGGAGGAGGUUUUGGAUGAGGAGAGCAGCGAAGCCAUUUUGUGCGUCAUUUAAAAAGUACGUAGGCUUGAGUGCGCACUGUGGAGCUCCUGACGCUAUGGAUACGCAGAGUGUUUAAAACUUCCAAAAUGAAGGAGAAGAGUCGGACGCCACGCCAUGAGUGGGAGAGUUGCCUCAGAUGAUUCUUUGCUGGAGUUCACUUAGUGAUGUUUCCGAGUAUGAUUCUGUGGAGCGCGUGGAUUUGGGUUUGCGUCCUGCUCAACAACGCGCCGCACUCGGCAGGCUUGGAACUCCACCUCACGGAGUCUUUACAAGCCGGGCAUGUCUUGGCGAACUUGUCCAUAGGACCGGGCUGGACUUACAAUGUUGACAGGAGUUUAUCUCAAGAAUCCAUGUGGAGUUUUUUCCAAGUGGGGAAGCAUAGUGGGGUUAUCAAACUGGCAAGAACUGUGGAGUGUAAGCGCAUAUUGUGGAACCCCGCGCGUGUGUAUUUUAGGACCAGCUCAUUGACUUCUGAAGACAUCAUUCUGACACAUUUGAAUGUGUUCGUCCAUGGACAGGACUGUUUUAUCAAAUACAGGAGAAAGAGUUCACAAAUUAAACCUGAUAUUCACAUUAAGCACACUUUCAAAUUGGAGAAUACUUCUUGCAUUCGUUUCGGAGCGCUUCUGUUUAACGCUACAGAAUAUUUACCUUCUUUCACACGGAGUACCGCUUUUUUGGACACUAUGUGUGUUGGACAACAUGUCGCCGCACUGCUUAGGCGUGGAGCUUUGUUUCUUGCCAAUGACUUGUGUCCGGAGAGCAUGAGAGCACAGCCUGAAGUGGAUUUGGAAUGUCCUGUGAACACCUCUGAAGGUGAUGGUCUCAGUCUGCUGUUCACUUUGCGCUUCGGAUCUGCGCCGGAAUCCAUUCAGGGAAAUGCCAGUGAGUCCACCCGUAGAGGUAAGCGGCAGGUGAAUGCUUCCCCGAUGUUCCAGCUCCCCAACUACCAAGUGUCAGUGCCUGAAAAUGAGCCAGCCGGGACGCAGGUCAUCACCCUCAAAGCCACCGACCCAGAUGAUGGCGAGGCAGGAAGGCUAGAGUACAGCAUGGAAGCUUUGUUCGACAGUCGAUCCAAUGACUUUUUCACAAUCGACUCUCAGACGGGUAGCAUAACAACCAUUCAGGCUUUGGACAGAGAAGUAAAAGAUACACAUGUUUUUAAAGUGACGGCGAGUGAUAAUGGCACGCCGCGAAGACACGCCACUUCUUACCUGACUGUCACUGUGAGUGACACCAACGAUCAUAGCCCAGUGUUUGAGCAGUCCGAGUAUAGAGUUAGCAUCAGGGAGAAUGUAGAAGUGGGGUUUGAAGUGAUGACUAUCCGUGCCACCGAUGGGGAUGCCCACGCCAACGCGAACAUGAUCUAUAAAAUAGUCAACGGCGACGGCGUCAACUCCGUCUUUGAGAUCGACCCACGGAACGGCCUGGUGAGGAUCAGAGAGCGGCCCGACAGGGAGACCCGGGCGCAGUACCGGCUGACUGUUGAGGCCAACGACCAGGGGAAAGACCCAGGUCCCCGCCGGGCGACUGCCACCGUCCACAUCUCUGUCGAGGAUGAAAACGACAACUACCCUCAAUUCAAAGAAAAGAGGUACGUCGUGCAGGUCCAAGAGAACGUAGCCAUCAACACCAAAGUCAUCCAAGUCGAAGCAACGGACAAAGACGAGGGGAAUAACGCGAAAGUUCACUACAGCAUCAUUAGCGGCAAUGUUAAAGGGCAGUUCUACAUUCAUUCUCCUACUGGUGUAAUUGAUGUUAUCAACCCGCUGGACUAUGAGAUGAUUCGGGAGUAUAAUUUGCGAAUCAAAGCGCAGGACGGCGGCAGACCUCCGCUGAUCAACGGCACUGGGAUGGUGGUUGUCCAAGUGGUGGACAUGAACGACAAUGCCCCCAUGUUUGUCAGUACACCUUUCCAGGCGACCGUAUUGGAGAAUGUCGCCAUCGGCUACUCCGUCAUCCACAUUCAAGCAAUAGACAGCGAUUCAGGGGAGAAUGCUCGACUGGAAUACCGUCUGACGGACACCGUUCCCGGUUUUCCGUUCACCAUCAGCAACAGCACAGGGUGGAUUACAGUUAGUGAAGAGUUGGACCGGGAGACCACAGAGUUCUACAGCUUCGGGGUGGAGGCGAGGGAUCACGGCGUUCCCGUGAUGUCUUCCUCGGCUAGCGUUAGCAUAACUGUGCUUGACGUAAAUGACAACGUGCCCACAUUUUCAGAGAAAAUCUAUUCGCUGAAGAUCAACGAGGACGCCGUAGUGGGGACAAGUGUGCUCACGGUGACUGCUCUUGACCGCGAUGUCAACAGUGUGGUGACCUACCAGAUCUCCAGCGGGAACACCAGGAACCGCUUUGCUAUCACUAGCCAGAGCGGCGGUGGCCUCAUCACCCUUGCUCUCCCUCUGGACUACAAACAGGAACGCCAAUAUGUACUGACAGUCACCGCCAGCGAUGGAACCCGUUCAGACACCGCACAGGUGUUUAUUAAUGUCACGGAUGCCAACACGCAUCGGCCCGUCUUCCAAAGCGCGAACUACCAGGUGACGCUCAGUGAGGAACAACCAGUCGGUUCCACUGUGGUGACAAUCAGUGCGACAGAUGAGGACACGGGAGAAAAUUCUCGCAUCACGUAUAUUAUAGAGGACAGCGUCCCUCAGUUUAAAAUCGACCCUGAUUCUGGUGCCAUCACUACCCAAAUGGAAAUUGACUAUGAAGACCAGGCUUCUUUCACGCUGGCCAUCAUCGCUAAAGACAAUGGCAUCCCACAAAAAUCCGACACCACCUACGUGGAGAUUAUCAUCCUGGAUGCUAACGAUAACGCUCCUCAGUUCCUCCGAGACAUGUACCAAGGGAACGUAUUUGAGGAUGCCCCUGUCUACACUAGCGUACUCCAGAUAUCUGCCUCAGAUAGAGAUUCUGGCUCCAAUGGCAGACUAACCUACACGUUCCAGGGCGGUGAUGAUGGAGACGGGGACUUCUUCAUCGAGCAGUAUUCUGGGAUCAUCAGAACCGCUCGCAAACUGGACCGGGAGAACGUUCCUGUGUAUGAACUCAAGGCCUAUGCUGUCGACAGGGGGGUUCCGCCUUUAAAAGCAGCUGUUUCUAUACAUGUGGUAGUUCAGGACAUUAAUGACAACGCUCCGGUGUUUGAAAAGGAUGAGCUUUUCAUCGAUGUGAAGGAAAACAGUCCAGUCGGGUCCGUUGUGGCCCGAAUCACUGCCACAGACCCAGAUGAGGGCACAAACGCUCAGAUUAUGUAUCAGAUAGUCGAAGGGAACUUCCCAGAGAUUUUCGAGCUGGACAUUUUCAACGGGGACCUCGUUUCCCUCAUCGACCUGGACUAUGAGACUAAAACCGAGUAUGUCAUUGUGGUACAGGCCACCUCGGCGCCGCUCGUGAGCCGGGCCACCGUGCACAUCCGCCUAGUGGACCUGAAUGACAACCUACCUGUGCUGAAGGACUUUGACAUUAUUUUCAACAACUACGUCACCAACAAGUCCAACAGUUUUCCAUCUGGAAUAAUCGGAAGGGUACCUGCUCACGACCCGGACGUGUCGGAUAAGUUGCGGUACGUGUUUGUGUCUGGAAACGAGCUCAAUCUUUUGCUGUUGAACGAGGACACAGGAGAUCUGCGGCUGAAUAAGGCCCUGGACAACGACAGGCCUCUCGAGGCGCCCAUGAUCAUCUCCGUCACAGAUGGUAUCCACACUGCCUUUGCCCGUUGCACUCUCCGCGUCACCAUCAUCACUGACGACAUGCUGACCAACAGCAUCACUGUGCGCCUGGAGAACAUGUCCCAAGAGCGCUUCCUGUCGCCAUUGCUCGGCCUCUUCGUGGACGGCGUGGCGGCGGUUCUCUCCACUAGGCGUGACGCCAUCUUCGUGUUCAACAUCCAGAACGACACGGAUGUGCAGGGUUCCAUCCUUAAUGUCACCUUUUCGGCAAUGCAGCCUGGGGGAGGGCCUGGAAAGGGGACAUUCUUUCCGUCAGAAGAACUGCAGGAGCAGAUCUAUCUGAACAGGACUCUGCUCCGGAUCAUAUCCUCUCAGGAGGUUCUGCCAUUUGAUGACAACAUCUGUCUCCGAGAACCCUGCGAGAACUACAUGAAGUGCGUUUCCGUCCUCAAGUUUGAUAGUUCGCCCCCCUUCAUCGCGUCCGACACGGUCCUGUUCCGGCCUAUACACCCCAUCAACGGGCUGCGUUGUCGCUGUCCGGUGGGCUUCACGGGCGACUACUGCGAAACGGAGAUCGACCUUUGCUACUCUGGGCCGUGCAAGAACAAUGGACGCUGCCGCAGUCGAGAGGGCGGCUACUCUUGCGAAUGCCUGGAAGAUUUCACCGGCGAACACUGCGAGGUGAACGCCUCGUCGGAUAGCUGCGUACCAGGUGUGUGCAAGAACGGUGGCGAAUGCGUGAACCGGCUUGCCGGCGGCUUUUUGUGCCAGUGUCUGCCAGGCGAGUAUGAGAAGCCAUACUGCGAGAUGACCACGCGCAGCUUCCCCGGACAGUCCUUCGUCACUUUUAGGGGCUUGCGGCAAAGGUUCCACUUUACCAUAUCUCUCAUGUUCGCUACAAGAGAACGAAAUGCCCUGCUUCUCUACAAUGGCCGAUUUAAUGAAAAACACGACUUCAUCGCUUUGGAAAUCAUUGACGAGCAGGUCCAACUCACCUUCUCUGGAGGUGAGACUAAGACCACUGUGUCUCCGUUCAUCCCGGGUGGUGUCAGUGAUGGCCAAUGGCAUUCCGUGCAACUCCAUUACUACAACAAGCCAAACAUUGGGCGUCUGGGGAUCCCCCACGGACCCUCCGAGGAGAAAGUGGCGGUGGUCGCCGUGGACGACUGCGACAUAUCCAUGGCGAUUCGAUUCGGGAAGCAGAUCGGAAACUACUCGUGCGCCGCCCAGGGAACACAGACUGGACAGAAGAAGUCGUUGGAUUUAACCGGCCCGCUGUUGCUCGGCGGUGUUCCCAACCUGCCCGAGGAUUUCCCGGUACGGAACCGAGACUUCGCGGGCUGCAUGAGGAACCUCAGCAUCGAUAGUCGGCCUGUCGACAUGGCUGGUUUCAUCGCUAAUAACGGCACCACCGCAGGAUGUCCUGCGAAAAGAAACUUCUGCACACCGAGUGUGUGUCUGAAUGGAGGCGUGUGUGUCAGCAAAUGGAACACAUACAGUUGCGACUGUCCGACUGGGUAUGGGGGCAAGAACUGUGAACAAGUGAUGCCGUCGCCUCAGUUCUUCGACGGCAGAGCGCUGGUCUCGUGGAGCGAGCCGGACGUCACCAUCGCGAUCCCUUGGUACAUGGGCCUCAUGUUCCGGACACGGCAACCAGCGGGAACCUUAAUGCAAGCCAAUGCUGGUUCCUCCUCCACCAUUAGCCUGAUGGUGAGCGAGCAACAGGUGCGAAUGGAGGUGUUGCAAAGGGAAGAGAUGGUGGCGUCGCUGAGUUUUCCGCAAGUUCGGGUCAACGACGGAGAGUGGCACCACCUUCUGGUCGAGCUGAGAAGCGUGAAAGACGGCAAGGCUAUCAGAUACGUAGCCGCCGUGUCCUUGGACCACGGCAUGUACAAGAAAUCAGUCGUGAUUGGCAACGACCUGCCCGGUUUGAAGCUUCAAACGCUUCAUGUCGGAGGUUUGCCAGGAGAGGACAACCACGUCAAGAAAGGAUUCGUUGGCUGCAUACAAGGCGUCCGAAUGGGCGAAACAGCGACCAACUUGGCCAAUGUGAUCAUGUCUCGCGGCUUAAAAAUCCGCGUGGAGGAGGGCUGCGACCUGUCCGAUCCGUGCGACGCUAACAUCUGCCCCGAGAACAGCCACUGCAGCGACGAAUGGACUACGCACACGUGUGUCUGCGACCCAGGCUAUUUCGGUAAAGAGUGCGUCGACGCUUGCCAACUCAACCCGUGCGAGCAUGUUUCCACCUGUGCUCGCAAGCCCAGUUCUUCCCAUGGCUAUACUUGCGAGUGCGGUCACAACUACUAUGGACAGUACUGUGAAAACAAGAUCGAGAAGCCGUGUCCGCAAGGUUGGUGGGGAAGUCCAAUGUGCGGACCCUGCGGCUGCGAUACAAGCAAAGGGUUUUAUAACGACUGCAAUAAGACGACGGGAGAGUGUCGCUGCAAGGAGAACCAUUACCGCCCAGAGGGGAGCGACACCUGCUAUCCGUGUGACUGCUUCGCUCUCGGUUCCGAAUUUCGAACCUGCGACCCGGUCACCGGGCAGUGCCCCUGCAAGGGUGGAGUCAUCGGUCGCCAGUGCAAUCAAUGUGACAACCCUUUCGCUGAAGUUACACUCAAAGGAUGUGAAGUGGUGUAUGAAGGUUGCCCCAAAGCGUUCGACGCCGGCAUUUGGUGGCCCAAGACGCAGUUCGGACGUCCGGCCGCCAUGAACUGUCCCAAAGGAUCUGUGGGUACUGCUAUUCGCCACUGCAGUGACGAGAAAGGCUGGUUGUCCCCCGAGCUUUUCAACUGCACAACCGCCUCCUUCGCUCAGCUCACAAAACUGAAUGAAGAGCUGCGUCGGAACAGCUCCAGGAUGGACGCCGAGCACUCCAAGACAAUCGCGCGCCUGCUCCAAAGCGCCACUAACGAUACCAGAGCCUACUACGGCAACGAUGUGAAGACAGCCGCCCAGCUGCUGAACCACGUUUUGAGUUACGAGAGCCGGCAGGCGGGGUUAGACCUGACCGCCGCGAGGGAUGCGGAAUUCAAUGAGAAUUUGGUUCGAGCUGGAAGUGCCAUUCUGGAUCCGGACACUAAAGCGCACUGGGAACAAAUCCAGAAAACAGAAGGCGGCACUGCUCACCUGCUUCGGAAUUUUGAGGACUAUGCUAAUACUCUUGCGCGGAACGUGAGGAAAACCUACCUGAAACCCUUCACUAUAGUUACAGACAACAUGAUUUUAUCAGUGGACUACCUGGAUGUGUCAGACCCCCUGAAAGCGACGUUCCCCCACUUCCAGGACAUCCAAGAAGAAUAUUCAGGAGAUCUCGGGUCCUCCGUGCACUUCCCACACUUCAACUUACUGCGUCAACGGCACAAAGUAGAACCCACUACGCCACCUGCAAUGCAGACUGAGACCCCUUUGGUGGAAGGUCACACGAGUCGCCGCAAUCUUGAACCGCCGAUUCAUCUACCGGUUGCUGUGGUGAUAGUGUACAAAUCGCUAGGGAAGCUGCUUCCGGAAAGAUUUGACCCUGAUCGCAGGAGUCUAAGGGUACCGAACCGCCCUGUCAUCAACACAGCAAUCGUGAGCGCCACAGUCCACAGCGAGGGUCCCCCUCUGCCGUUGGUUCUGGACCCUCCUAUUACUCUGGAGUACUCACUACUUGAGACAGAGGAAAGGACCAAGCCCGUCUGCGUCUUCUGGAACCACUCCAUUGCGAUCGGUGGUACGGGCGGUUGGUCCUCAAAAGGUUGCGAAGUGCUCGAGAGGAACAAUAGCCAUAUUAGCUGUCAGUGUAACCACAUGACUAGCUUUGCCGUGCUCAUGGACGUGUCCAAGAGAGAGCACGGUGACGUCCUCCCUCUGAAAAUCGUCACCUACGCCACCGUCUCCGUCUCGCUAUUCCUGCUCCUGCUCACCUUGAUCCUGCUUUGCAUUCUGCGUCGACUGCGCUCCAACCUGCACGUCAUCCACAGGAACCUGGUGGCAGCGCUCUUCUUUUCCGAGCUCGUCUUCCUGCUCGGCAUCAAUCAGACGGAGAACCCGUUCGUGUGUACGGUCAUAGCCAUCCUCCUGCACUACUUCUACAUGUGCACCUUCGCGUGGAUGUUUGUGGAAGGCCUCCACAUCUACCGCAUGCUGACCGAGCUGCGGAACAUCAACCACGGACACAUGAGGUUCUACUACGCCAUAGGCUGGGGGAUUCCGGCCAUCAUCACAGGUCUGGCUGUUGGACUGGACCCUCAAGGCUACGGGAACCCGGAUUUUUGCUGGCUGUCCGUGCACGACACGCUCAUUUGGAGCUUUGCCGGACCCAUAUUUGUUGUCGUCUUGGUUAACAUCGUGAUCUUCAUCUUGGCUGCGAAGGCUUCCUGUGGUCGCAGGCAGAAGGCGGUUGAGAAGUCCGGCGCUAUCCCAGCACUUCGCAUGGCCUUCAUCCUGCUGCUCCUCAUCAGCACCACCUGGCUGUUAGGUCUCAUGGCAGUCAACAGCGACGUGCUUACCUUCCAUUAUUUAUUCGCUGGCUUCAGUUGUCUGCAGGGCGUGUUCAUCUUUUUCUUCCACAUUAUUUUCAACAAAGACGUCAGGAAGCAUCUCAAGAACGUCCUCACAGGGAAGAAGAACCUCCCAGAGGAGGCGGGUACCACGCGGGCCUCUUUGCUCACUCGCUCACUCAACUGCAACAACACGGACGACGGUCACAUGUAUCGCGCGGCCAUGGGCGACUCUAUCAUCUCCUUGGACAGCACGUUCAGGUCAGGAAAGAGUCGCAGCAGCUACCUCGCUUACGCGCUCAGGGAGGAGUCAGGCCUCAAGCCCAGCAUCUCCUCAGGGACGGCCAAAGGACACACUGAUCUGGACGGGCCUCUCUUCCACAGAAGUGGCUCCAAGGCGGACGACUCCGACACGGACAGCGAGCUUUCGUUGGACGAGAACAGCUCUUCGUACGCUUCGUCUCACUCGUCGGACAGCGAGGACGACGACGUGGACGUCAAACCCAAGUGGAACAAUGAAAGACAGCCGGUUCAUAGUUCGCCCAAAGGUAGAGGUCCGGUUGACUCUGUGUCCAAUCACGUGGCCCCGUACUGGCCGACGGACGCCACCACGGCCAGCGACAGCGAAGACCCCGGCGCUCCGGAGAAGCUUCGGGUUGAGACCAAGGUUAACGUCGAGCUGCACCCGGAGAACAAGAUCAACCACAUGGUCGAACGGGAUCGAGAGACGCCUCAGGAUGGAGACAAGCAGGCGAGCGGGAACGCCAAGGAAGCGAUGACGCCGAUUUCUCAGACUAACAGCAACCAGCAACCGGAACAGAGAAAAGGUAUCCUGAAGAACAAAAUCAGCUACCCGCCCCCUUUAACCGACAAAAACAUGAAGAACCGUCUCCGAGAAAAGCUGAGCGACUACAACUCCCCUACCAUUACCUCGCCACCGCCUAAUUACAACACCGCCACGUCCCCGUCCCCCGUCAACAACAUGGCGCCGUCGUCCCGCCGGCCCUCGUCGGCCUCCAACGACGGUAACCGCCCUAGUAACAACGGAAACGGGUCCCUGGUAAAACCGCCCGUCGCUCCUCGGCCGCAGAUCGCCGUCGGCACAUUGCCGGCGGGCGUCUACCGCGACGCUAACGGCGGGAUGGCCAUGCACUUGAAGUCUGGGACGGUCAACGGCAGCAACGGCACUGACUCAGAGGACAUCCAGACCAGCCCGCCUUUGUGAGAGGAGGAGAGCCAACACUAGCAGACCCACGUCCAGCCCAUGUCCGUCUUCUCAGAUCAGUAUUACCCAGCGGAAGGAACAAUAAAGGGAACAAAAGAGAGGAGAUUGACGGAACCUGAGUGCCAAAUGCAUAAAAGGAACAAACGGGGAGCAGAGACUAUUGAUGAAGACUUUCCCCUCUCGGAAUGUAUUGCAAAAAUGUGACUGGUAGGAGAUACCAGACAAUUGAACUCGAGUCACAGGGACUCAGACUCGAGUUGCAAAUUUGAUGACUCGCAACUUGACUCAGACUUGAGGAAAAAAAAAAUGACUCGACUCGAAGCUGACUUGGAAAAACUUAGAUCGUAGAUUGGUUCCCACCUGCCAGGUCGCCUGGUUGUAAGUGUGCUGAGGAACAAUGGUGAAGGCCUUGACUAACCUGUGACUCGACUUGACUUGGCAAGCUUUUGCCUUACCAUGACUCGUCUUUACAACCUUGCGACUCGGCUCGACUCUAUAUGAUCUCGAGACUGGACUGGACUAGACAUAAGCUUAUGACUCGACUCGACAUAUCCUCGUGACCCAGCUCGACUUGCCCACAACAGGUAAGACUCGGGACUUACUUGUGACUCGUGCAAUUGUCUGGGAGACACGUUGGUACAUUUGUAGUCCAAUAGGAUUUCAAGCAAACUUGAACAAUUUAGGAGGCCUUACAAACUCAUACAUUUUGCAGGAUAAAGAGCACUAAUGGAAGGACGGAUAUGUUGAAGCACUAUAAAACCCACGUCUCACUUUUUGGCAAGAAUCUGCCUGUUUGGGAUUUUUCAGUUCAGACGCAGCUCAAUUUUUAAGUUAUGUUUACCACUCACAAGGUGCCUUCGUCUUGUUUUCCAACCUGCCUGUGUGAUCAAUUAUGUUAAUAUGUGGUUAUUUUUCUAAUGUUCGGACACUGGAAAAGUUUUGUAACAUAAUGUAUAUUUAUUUUUUAUGGUUCUCUUGACACUGGAAAAUCAAAUUAAAGAUGUUGGAUUUGUACACACGGGUUUAUUUUGUUUGCUAGUUUAGAAAUGGCUGAUAAGGAUGUUACCUUACAAGGUUAUGGAGCUGUUCCAGGCAUUUUUCCACAGCUCAGACCACUUAAACGCAGGCAUUCCGAGGUAAGCCUGAAGAUAUUUGCCAGCGGCCUUGCGCUUUAAUGAGAGGAAUUUGUCUCCAGAGUUUAUAUAGAAGAAU